AUGGCAUCAAGACCACCUCCGCCGAAACCUUGGGAGAGGGCGCAGCAGAGCACAGGAGCGGCAUCGUCGUCUCCGUUCGCUCCGUCGGCGCCGGCUGCCAGCACGUCGCAGGUAGUCGCAGAGGCCGGCACCGCUGGGAGCAACCCGGUAACGGCUGCAGACGCAGCGGCUGCUGGCCGUCCUAUGCCAUCUCGGCCGUGGGAAGGAGCAACCACUGCUGCAGGCGCAAGCGCGGUUUCCCCGUACGGUUCGUCCGCCUACGGCACACCCGCCAGCACCGCCGGCGGAGCCUACUUAGGCGCGAACCGCUACGGCAGCGGCAUGAGCUCGCUCUACGGUGGCGGGGGCAUGUACGGUGCGGGCGGCACCGCCUACGGCAGCGCCUAUUCCUCUCCCUACGCGUCGCGACUUGGCGGCGGCUACGGCGCCGGGGGAUACGGGGCUGGCGGGAUGUACGGCGGAGGAUACGGGUCUAGUUACGGCAUGGGCGGAAUGGGCGGAUACGGAAGCAGCCUUGGCGGGGGGAUGUAUGGGUCGGGGAUGACGAUGGGGGGAAUGGGCGGGGGGAUGUAUGGGUCCGGCAUGGGCAUGGGCUUGGGCAUGGGCAUGGGGUACGGCGGUGAGAUGGGCAUGGGGCCGCAUGGGGGCGAUCCUAAUGCUCCGCCGGAUGGUCAGGGACCCCCGCGCGCGCCCACCUUCUGGGUUUCCAUGCUGCGAGUGAUUCACGGAGUGAUGACAGCGUUUGGUCGGUUGUGUGUACUGGUGGAUGAGAACACACAUGCCAUCCACUUCUUUAUCACAGCACUGCUGCAGCUAUGUGACCCUGUGCGUUUGGUGCGGGUGCUCGCAUAUGCGGUCGGUCGGUCGGUAUACGUCGUUCUCGACUUCCUGUGGUGCUGUGCCAAAAGGCAGUUGAGAAGGUCACUUGUGCCAAAUGGCACUGCAUGGUUGUAG